UUUAUUAUUUGGGAUAAAAGGAAAGAGGGUUGUGGAUAAUAUACAGGUACAAAAAUGGCGACUGCUUCUUCUCUAAUAAUCACCUCAAGAAUUCCACUUUCUUCUUCCUUAAAAUGGGUGUCAAUUCCCAUCCUUCGUUCCCCAAAUAACUGUUAUAACAAACAAUCCAGCCUCCAUAGAACCCCUUCUACAUAUUCCAUAAACCCUACUAGAAGAAACCCUAAAACCCUAAUUGUUAGAGCUGCUGAAUACAAAUUCCCAGACCCAAUUCCUGAAUUUGCUGAAGCUGAGACUGAGAAAUUCAGAGAUCAUCUUAUUGAGAAGCUGUCAAAGAAAGACGUAUUUGAAGAUUCUGUUGAUGAAGUGGUUGAAAUCUGUACUGAGAUAUUUGCCAAAUUCAUGAAUGAGGAAUAUGGUGGCCCGGGAACAUUGUUGGUUGAUCCUUUUUGGGAGAUGGCUGAUACUAUAAACGAGAGUGAUUUACCUGGAGGGCCACAAGCUGCGCGCGCCGCGGUUAAAUGGGCUCAAGAUCACGUUGACAAUGACUGGAAAGAGUGGAACGGCAAUUAGCAAGAACCAUGGUCCUACACUAUGAAUUAAACGUGAUUGACUGGCUCAUCACGUCAGCUGCAUCGUCUGAGUAAGAUUGAUCUUAAAGAGGCGCGGAGUGGCAACAAGAAAAUGGUCAAAUGGUGUGCGUUUAACGUGCUGGUCUGUUGUAGUUAUCAUAGAAGUAGAACAUCUUUUAUUUUCGUAGUGUAUUGUCAUGGAACAAGUCUUUCAUGUAAUUGAACAAGUUUUGUAGUCCAAUGAUUAUAUGUUGUCACAGCAUCCAAAUUCA